AGUCCGGGGGGUGGACACCAAGUGAAGGCCGCCUGUGUGAGGGGGCCGGUGGCCCCAGCGUGCCGCGGCCCAAGGGAGUGAGAAGCGGAGGCACGAGCCCUCCCUACACUUCGCCAUGAGUUUCCUGAUCGACUCCAGCAUCAUGAUUACCUCCCAGAUACUUUUCUUUGGAUUUGGGUGGCUUUUCUUCAUGCGCCAGCUGUUCAAGGACUACGAGGUGCGCCAGUAUGUCGUACAGGUGAUCUUCUCUGUGACUUUUGCGUUUUCUUGCACCAUGUUUGAGCUCAUCAUCUUUGAAAUCUUAGGAGUAUUGAAUAGCAGCUCUCGUUAUUUUCACUGGAAAAUGAACCUGUGUGUAAUUCUGCUGAUCCUGGUUUUCAUGGUGCCUUUUUACAUUGGCUAUUUUAUUGUGAGCAACAUCCGACUGUUGCAUAAACAGCGACUGCUUUUUUCCUGUCUCUUAUGGUUGACUUUUAUGUAUUUCUUCUGGAAACUAGGAGAUCCAUUUCCCAUUCUCAGCCCAAAACACGGGAUCUUGUCCAUAGAGCAGCUCAUCAGCCGGGUAGGUGUGAUUGGGGUGACUCUCAUGGCUCUACUUUCUGGAUUUGGUGCUGUCAACUGCCCAUAUACGUACAUGUCCUACUUCCUCAGGAAUGUGACUGACACAGAUAUUCUAGCCCUGGAACGGCGACUCCUCCAAACCAUGGAUAUGAUCAUAAGCAAAAAGAAAAGGAUGGCAAUGACACGAAGAACUAUGUUCCAGAAGGGAGAGGUGCAUAACAGACCAUCAGGAUUCUGGGGAAUGAUAAAGAGUGUUACCACUUCAGCACCAGGAAGUGAAAAUCUUACUCUUAUUCAACAGGAAGUGGAUGCUUUGGAAGAACUAAGCAGGCAGCUUUUUCUGGAAACAGCUGAUCUAUAUGCUACCAAGGAGAGAAUAGAAUACUCCAAAACUUUCAAGGGGAAAUACUUUAAUUUUCUGGGUUACUUUUUCUCUAUUUACUGUGUUUGGAAAAUUUUCAUGGCAACCAUCAAUAUCGUUUUUGACCGAGUUGGGAAAACUGAUCCAGUCACGAGAGGCAUUGAGAUCACUGUGAAUUAUCUGGGGAUCCAAUUUGAUGUGAAGUUCUGGUCCCAACACAUCUCCUUCAUUCUGGUUGGAAUAAUCAUUGUCACAUCAAUCCGAGGAUUGCUGAUCACUCUUACCAAGUUCUUUUAUGCCAUCUCCAGCAGUAAGUCCUCCAAUGUCAUUGUCCUGCUAUUAGCACAGAUAAUGGGCAUGUACUUUGUGUCCUCUGUACUGCUGAUCCGAAUGAGCAUGCCUCUAGAAUACCGCACCAUAAUCACCGAAGUCCUUGGAGAACUGCAGUUCAACUUCUAUCACCGUUGGUUUGAUGUGAUCUUCCUGGUCAGUGCUCUCUCCAGCAUACUGUUCCUCUAUUUGGCUCACAAACAGGCACCAGAGAAGCAUAUGGCACCUUGAACUCAUGCUUAUUACAGACUGCUGUAAGCUAGUGGUUUCAGGAUUUGGAUAUUAAAGGGAAAAAAUGGAGGGCACCAGGGCCUAACAUUUUUUAAAUGAACAAAAGCCUGUGGUAGCAUGUUCAACCGCCAGUUUAUACCUUCCUCCUCCAGUGAUACUGUGAUCAUGAGUAGCAUCAGCUAGAAUGUGAGAGAGCAAAGUAACUCGAGCUAGUACUCAGCCAAGAGCAUCCUGUGUGGUUUAAGGCUGGUGCAGUGUGGGAGGGGGGGGUGUGGAAAAGAGCCAAGAAACUGGGGGAAAAAUACACUGGAACUCUGGGGUAAGAGAAGUAUAAGGUAGCUGGGCCAAACACAUAGAAUUUCUGUUUAAGUCAAGGUUCACAUGCAGAAGGUUAUGGCUUUCCCUUGAGAUUGUCUGUCAUUAAAAUCAGAGAUUGUAA